AUGGCAUUCAGAGAGAAAGCUGUGGUUUUCUUGAUGAUGAUGAUGAUGACAGCUUCCCAAGUUUCACAUGCAGCUGUGCACAAGGUUGGAGACUCAUCUGGCUGGACCAUCAUUGGUAAUAUAGAUUACAGGAAAUGGGCUGCCACUAAGAACUUCCAAGUUGGUGACACUAUCGUUUUUGAGUACAAUGCCAAGUUCCACAAUGUGAUGCGAGUGACACAUGCAAUGUACAAGACCUGCAAUGCAUCGUCCCCGUUGACAACCAUGACCACCGGGAAUGACACCAUAAAGAUAACAAAUUAUGGUCACCACUUCUUCUUAUGCGGCAUUCCUGGUCACUGCCAAGCAGGACAGAAGGUUGAUAUCAACGUGGUGAAGGUAUCUGGUGCAGCAGCAGCAGCAGCAGAAGCACCAACACCAACAUCAGCAAUGGCAUCUCCAGUUCCACCUGCUAAUGUACCAGCACCCUCUCCUAACAAUGCAUCCCCAUUGAUGGUUGUCAAGGGAGGUGUUGGUUUAUUGACUUUGGUCAUGGCUCUGCUCGCACUUCUUGCUCUUUCUACCCCCCAUGCGUGA